AUGACGAUUCAUAUGACGGAAAAUGUGGAGACUAGCCAAGCUUCUGCUUCGAUUGAGGAUGACUCAGAAAAUACCAAACUGAACAAGAUCAUCGAGUUAAUGAUGGAGAAUGCCAAGAGCAUGAAGGAUCGAAUGUCCUUACUGGAAGCAAAGAACAUGGAGCUUAGAGCCCGUGUGUCAGAGUUGGAAGGAAACCAGAAUGUUGCUCCACACAUUCAGACUCCAGUUUUUCCCACUAAUGUGACACAACAGCAAUCCAGGGGGACACCUUUAUCUCCAAUGUCUCAACAGCCUGAGACCCCUUCCCUUCAGACUCAAGAAUUCUCUCCUAAUUUGCCACGAGAGACUGGAAGAGAGCCAUUUAAUGAGACCCCUUCCCCUCAGACUCAAGAAUUCUCUCCUAAUUUGCCACGAGAGACUGGGAGAGAGCCAUUUAAUGAGACCCCUUCCCUUCAGACUCAAGAAUUCUCUCCUAAUUUGCCACGAGAGGCUGGAAGAGAGCCAUUUAAUGAGACCCCUUCCCUUCAGACUCAAGAAUUAUCUCCUAAUUUGCCACAAGAGAUUGGGAGAGAGCCAUUUAAUGAGACCCCUUCCCUUCAGACUCAAGAAUUCUCUCCUAAUUUGCCACGAGAGUUAUAUGCUCAAGAUAUUAGUGGGAGAGAGCCAUUGAAUGAGAUAACUUCCCUUCUGGCUCAAGAAUUCUCUCCUAAUUUGACACCAGAGAGUGGGAGAGAGCCAUUGAAUGAGACAACUUCCCUUCAGACUCAAGAAUUCUCUCCUAAUUUGACACCAGAGAAUGACCCAGAGUGA